GUGAAGCCCCAAUAGGCCAAAAGUACAUAAAAGAAAAAAACAGAAGGGGGGAGAAGGCGAAUAAAGAGGGGAGGUUUGUUAAGGAUCUGUGAAGAAACACUCACCACUACAUGCUCCGAGUCUACCGUACAAAACAUGCAGAUGUUGAUGCUCCAUCUUUCCCUCUUUUUCCAUCCCACAAAGGUUUAUGGAAAAAGAAUCCGUGUGCUGAUUUUAAAUUCAGUCGAAAGAGAGCUAUGGGAGGUAGUGUCAUCUUUCUUUCCCAGCUAUGUUGUUAUCCUUGCUGAGUAAGCGAUCAUUCGACGUUGAUUCCAGGGAUGCCUAUGGAUUUACUUUGAGACCUCAGCACCUUCAGAGGUACAGGGAGUAUUCUAGUAUCUAUAAGGAAGAAGAGGAGGAGAGAGUAGAUAAGUGGAAUAGCUUUCUUGAACAAGCUCAACCAAGUUCAUCUGCUAAAGUGAACAAUAAAACAUUGCAUGCUGAACUAACAGAGGAAAAACUCAGGCCUUGCCCAGAGGUGACUCUAGGAGGGGAAGAUUCAAAUAAAGAGAAAUCUUUCUCUGAUAUACCGAGAGAAGAUGAUGGAGACAACAAGACGCCGACAGAGAAACAGAAGUCUCCUAUACAAAAAUGGGCUGAGGCUAGACCAUCUCUUGAUGUCAUUAUGAGUAUGAGUACUACCCCCAAUCGUGUUACUUCAACUGAAGAGAUGAAACCCUCAAUCCAGGAAUCCAUUGAGGAUGUUGAAGACGUGUUCCAUGAUACUUUAGCAAAUGAAGGCAUUAGCUCUCCUGAAACAGAGCAUGAAGUCCUCAGUCCAAAGAGUGUUGUGACAUGGAAAAAAGAACUAGAAGUCCUUGUUCAAGGAGGAGUGCCAAGGAAUAUCAGGGGAGAGGUAUGGCAGGCCUUUGUUGGUGCACGAACACGACGGGUGGAAAGUUACUACCAGAAUUUGCUGGACAAAGAGAAAGAAGUGAGCCAAGAGCAGAAUAAAUCUCAAUCUUCUGAAAGAUUGAGAAAGCAGAUUGAGAAGGACUUGCCUAGAACUUUUCCUGGUCAUCCUGCAUUAGAUGAAGGAGGUAGAAAUUCUUUGAGGCGCGUCCUUAUAGCUUACUCUCAUCAUAACCCCCGUGUAGGGUAUUGUCAGGGAAUGAAUUUCUUUGCUGGUCUAUUAUUACUUAUGAUGCCCGAGGAGAAUGCCUUUUGGACUUUUGUUGGUAUUAUUGAUGACUACUUUGAUGGCUACUUCUCACAGGAAAUGAUAGAAUCUCAGGUGGACCAACUUGUUUUUGAGGACUUGAUGCGUGAAUGUUUUCCUAAACUGGUCAACCAUCUUGAUUACUUGGGAGUGCAGGUUGGAUGGAUUUCUGGUCCUUGGUUCCUUUCCAUCUUUGUAAAUAUGAUACCAUGGGAAAGUGUUCUUCGAGUGUGGGAUGUGCUUCUGUUCGAAGGAAACCGUGUCAUGUUAUUCCGAACUGCACUUGCGUUAAUGGAGUUCUAUGGUCCUGCUUUAAUUGCAACAAAUGAUACGGCGGAUGCUAUUACAUUAUUACAAACACUUGUUGGUUCGACAUUUGAUAGCAGUCAACUUGUUUUAACUGCUUGCAUGGGUUACUUGGCUGUAACCGAAGAUAGACUGCAGCAGUUGAGAAAUAAGCAUCGCCCCUCUGUAGUAGAUGUAGUUGAGGAGAGAUCUAAAGGGGCUUUAGUUCGGCAACAGUCCAAAAUCCUUGCUUCUAAGCUUUAUAGUUUUAAGCAUGACCCAGAGUCACUUCCAAUGGAAGCAAUUACGGAAGAAGAGUCGGAUGGACAGGAAGAAAAGGAUGGACAUUUAUCAACUCUGGACCCUCAGCAGUCUAAUAUGGAUGAAUUCAUUCCUGGCAUAAGCAUUGAUUCGGAACUAGAUGCUAUCCCAGAUAUUGAAUCUCAGGUAGUUUGGCUAAAAGCAGAGCGUUGCAGAUUGCUGGAAGAGAAAAGGUCUGCAAUACUUAGAGCUGAGGAACUGGAGACGGCACUUAUGGAGAUUGUCCUACAAGAUAAUAGAAGGGAACUGACUGCAAGAUUAGAGCAUCUUCAAAAGGAAGUAGAUGAAUUACGUCUAACUCUUGCUGAUAAAAACGAACAGGAGGAUAUGAUGCGUCAGGUCCUACUGAGAGUUGAGGAAGAACACAAGUUAGCUCAAGAGGCUCGGAUAUCUGCAGAGCAAGAUGCCUCUGCACAGAGAUAUGCUGCCCAAGUGAUUCAGGAAAAAUAUGAAAAGGCAAUGACUUCAGUCACUGCGAUGGAGAAAAGGGUUGUUACAGCAGAAUCAAUGUUGGAGGCUACACUGCAGUAUGAAUCUGACCAAGGCAAAGCACAAUCUUCCCCAAGGGCUCUGCAGCUAGAUUCCGCACAGGAGCUGCAAAGAAAAAAAACAAGUUUGCUCUCAUUUGGGCUCAGCUGGCGUGAUAAAAGCAAGGAAUCUCACUAAUGUCAGCAAAAGGUUCAGGAAGAUAGUGCAUGCUGGAAUUCGGUUGACAAAGAUUUCAUGAACCCUUUCCGGUUUCUAGUAAUACCCAAGGCACUCUUCUGUACAGGAUUUUGUAUCAACUAUCAGACUAAACUUGUAUCAGUGUAUGCAGAAUUUCAACUUCAACAUGCAAGUAACUUUUUCUAUGUACCUCGAAAGAAAUGUCCUCAUCCUUCCAUUUUUUUAAAUUUAGUUUCUUAUUCUCAGUUCA